CUUUUGAAUGACACUAAAGCAUGUAGCAGGCCUAUAGAAUGAGCAUACUGUCAAACGGCAUUAAGUGGAAAACCCUCCCUGUUCUGGAGGCGGGGAUUUGUUCUACAAAGCCUCCUGUCAUGCCAGUGGCCAACUAGACGAGUUGGAGUUUUUUCGUUUUUUUUCCCCCCCGUGACAUGUGCUUUAGUUGCAGUGGAAAGGAAAUGUGUCAUCUGUGGUUUGGUUUUAAAAGUGGAAAACUAGCUGCACAUAUCCUUUUUUUUACUGCAGAUUUACUUUAAGGCUCAUAUUCUCCAAGUCUAUUCUGCUUUAAAUAAGAAGACAAGAAAAGAAGUGGUUUAUCAAAAUCACGUUAUAAUCAGAUUUUGACCAAGCAUUUUGUAAGAUUACCAGUAUGCCCAUGGACAUGGAACACACAGGACAUUACCUACAUCUUGCCUUUCUGAUGACAACAGUUUUUUCUUUGUCUCCUGGAACAAAAGCAAACUAUACCCAUCUGUGGGCUAACAGUACUACUUCCUGGGAUUCAGUUAUUCAAAAUAAGACAGGCAGAAGCCAAAAUGAAAACAUUAACACAAACCCUAUAACUCCUGAAACAGAUUAUAAAGGUAAUUCUACAAACAUGCCUGAAACAUCUCACAUCGUAUCUUUAACUUCUAAAUCUGAACAGGAGCUUUAUAUACCUUCUGUCGUCAGCAACAGUCCUUCAACAGUACAGAGCAUUGAAAGCACAAGUAAAAGUCAUGGUGAAAUUUUCAAAAAGGAUGUCUGUGCGGAAAACAACAACAACAUGGCUAUGCUAAUUUGCUUAAUUAUAAUUGCAGUGCUUUUUCUUAUCUGUACCUUUCUAUUUCUAUCAACUGUGGUUUUGGCAAACAAAGUCUCAUCUCUCAGACGAUCAAAACAAGCAGGCAAGCGUCAGCCUAGAAGCAAUGGUGAUUUUCUGGCAAGCGGUCUAUGGCCCGCUGAAUCAGACACUUGGAAAAGAACAAAACAGCUCACAGGACCCAACCUAGUGAUGCAAUCUACUGGAGUGCUCACAGCUACAAGAGAAAGAAAAGAUGAAGAAGGAACUGAAAAACUUACUAACGAACAGAUGGGUUAGUGAAGAAAAAUGCAAAGUAGCAAUGAGAAGGGUUAUGGAGUAAAAAUGAAGUCAGUUGGUAUUUAAUCUCAAAGUGUUGUUCUGAUGAUCUAAAAUUUGACAUGGUAGACCUUGUAAUUUGGAAUCAAGUGGGUGAGACAGAAAGAAGUAUGCCUGCUUAAUUACUUAAACUGUGUACUUUUGUUUUGACACUGAAUAUUUUAAACAGCAAAUAAUAAAAUAACUAAGCAUUUGAGCAAAGUUUUAAGAAUAAAUUGAGGAAACUGAUUAACAGAGAUAGAAAGAGAUAACUGAAUAAAUAUUCCCUAUGUAGCAAUAGUGGUUAGAUGACCUUUGUCUGAAUGUAAUUAAACUUUGAAGAGUUUUAGUGUCCUUAAAGCCAAGUAUAUGCUUUAACAUCAAAUGGAAGUCAAAUUCCUAAUGCAAAGAUAGAGCUAAACUGUGCAAUUUAAUGGUACCUUCUUUGCUGGAUGUGGCAGAAUCCACACCAGCUUAUCAAUCAACACAGCUAAUUUUAGCCUAGAUGCUUUUAUCUUUCAUAUGGCACACGUAAGAAAGUGUUUUUCUACUAUUAAUAUUAAAUUAAAACCUUUAAUUUUGUAUAAUAAAUUAAAACUCAGAAUAAACCUGUGACUAUGUA